GCGGGCCGGGCAUGGCGUCCAUGGCGGCGGCGAUUGCGGCGUCGCGCUCGGCCGUCAUGAGCGGGAACCGGGCGCUGGACGAGCGCGAGCGGAAGCGCUUCUCGUACUUCUCGUCGCUGAGCCCCAUGGCCAGGAAGAUCAUGCAGGACAAGGAGCGCAUCCGCCAGGAGUACGGGCCCGAGUGGGCGCGGCUGCCGCCCGCGCAGCAGGACGCGAUCAUCGACCGCCGCCUGCUGGGGCCGCGCGCGCCGGCGACCGGGGACCCCGGGGACCCCGAGGGGCGCGCGCGCUUCCCCGGCCUGCGCGGGCCCACGGGCCAGAAGCUGGUGCGCUUCGGGGACGAGGACAUUACGUGGCAGGAUGAGCACUCUGCCCCCUUCUCCUGGGAAACAAGGAGCCAGAUGGAGUUCAGCAUCUCCUCGCUGCCCGUCCAGGAGCUGGGCACCGCUGCCAGCGAGCCCAGGCCACUGUCCAAAGCCUUGCAGGGCUCGCAGACCCUCAAGGGCUCCCAGGGUAGCCGGUCGUCCAGCCUGGAUGCGCUGGGGCCCGCCCGCAAGGAGGAGGAGGCGUCCUUCUGGAAGGUCAAUGCGGAGCGGUCCCGCGGGGAGGGCCCUGAGGCCGAGUUCCAGUCGCUGACCCCCAGCCAGAUCAAGUCCAUGGAGAGAGGGGAGAAGGUCCUGCCCGCCUGUCACCGGCCAGAGCCCACCCUGAAGGACAGGGAGGCCAAGGUGGACAGGCCCGGCACUGUCCCCCAGGAGCUGCACGAGUGGACCCCUGCCGUCCAGGGCCCCGGUGAGGCGUGGCCCGAGGCUGUCCUGGCCGAGCCCACUGGGAAGCUGCCGACCUCCGAGGACAGGCAGGAUGACGGGGAGGAUGUCCUGUUCGCAGACCCCAUGCCUGUACAGGUCAGCUCAAGUAACAUCGUCCUGAAGACGGGCUUUGAUUUUCUGGACAAUUGGUAAAAUGUGUUUGGUGGAAAAAUGAAACUAAGAACCCCAAAGUGUUCUCCAAAGUGGUGUGGCAAAGGAGGGUGCAAAGGGCAACGUUUCUUUGGGUAUUUUCCUGGUUUCUCUACAGUCUUUUCUUAAUCAUUUGGAAACCAGUCAGUAUUGCCAGAUUUUUCCCUUUUUUGGUAAAACCAUAUAUACAUGCUAUUUUCAGUGAUUUGAUAACAGAAGUUUUACAUUUGGAAUUUUUAAGGACUGUUCAGAAUUUAAUAAAUCUUGUAAAUAAAACUUCUGUUCCCAGUUUCUCCCGUCCUCAAAGGGAGUUUUCUCAGCCAAGUCAGAAAAAUCGUAAAAGCGAUUUCCGUCUCUAUUCCCCCACCUCCUUUUUUACUGCGUGGGGUUCCCUUUGAUGGUGGACUGAUGGGGACGUCCUCAGCCGUGGUGACAUUGUCCCCGGCACAGCUGCCACCAAGCACUUGUGGCCGUCCAGGGCUUCUCCUGCCAAUGGUGCGUCUCUCCACCAUGUGCCCCGCACCCCACCCUCUGUCAUUUCCAGGAAACAGACCGUUGGCAUGUGGCAGAUGUCCUCUUCAGACUGCCCCUAUGCUUAGUCUGGGUGUGGCUCAUGUUUAAAAAGAGUGGCAUGUUUAAAAGUUUCGUAUUAACUUUUCCUUAUGUUGUAUGUAGAUUAGCAGCCAUGGGGCCACCACUUUUCUUGGUUUGUACCAGUUUUCUUUUGCAAAUUCUUCCUCCUUCUGUGACCCGUCGUUUGUUGCCUGUACCUGGCACCUGCAGGAGUCAGGGCAGACGGCAGGCGCUGCUGGGGACAGGGCUCUUCUGAUUAGUCAUGUUAGAACCUUCCAGCAUGAGACUGCCAGGCAGCGGAUGUCUGUCAUCCCAAGGACUGCUCAGGCUGCAUCGUGGCAGACCCUCCCCCAACCCUGACCACCACCAGAAAUGGAAGAGUGGUUUCUGGUCACCCCAGCAGUGCCUCCUGGAGACUUUUGUCACCACAGCAGUAUGGACAUUGGUGCAGACUCCGCGGCUGCCCUGCAGAGCAAGGUGACCAUGUCCCAGACCACAUAGGGGACCCGUGAGCUUUGCGAGCCUGCAGGAGGUGCCGAGCGAGCAGAGCCGCACCCCGUCCAGUGUGACCUGCACCACGUGUCGCUGCGUUUCCUCACCUGAAGCCUUAACCCCUGCGAGUCCUGCCAAUGAGCACUUGGUUUCAAUACCAAAGUGUGUCUGUUUUUUUUUUUUUUUUUAAUGCCCUUUUCCUAGGACUUUCUGAAAUGAUUUCCAGAAUAUCUUACCUGGCUCCUAGCACGUGGCAACCCCUCCCCUGCCGCCCCUGCUGCCUUCCUGCCUGGGGAGGUUUCUGCCAGGGCUGUGGUGUAGCCUCUGUUUGAUUUGGUCCCCAACAACUGCUUUGUGUCCCUAAACCUCAUUUGGUCCCUUGGGGCAUGGGAUUUACCUUCCUCCUUUAGGGACUGACCGUAACUUGCAAAUACAGGUUCAUUACGUUGCAUUUAAGUAUAGUUGAUGUGGGUAGAAAGGUUCCCAGCUGGUGAUGAGGGAAGGAACUCACGAGUCCCGGUGGCACAGGCUGAGCGGGUAUCAGGGGCCUCCACCGCCAUCUCGAGGACCCGGGAGCACGCCCUGUGAGCGGCGUUCCGUAGAGAGGUCUGGUCAGGACGGCUGAUCAAGGCCGUCUGUCUGUUCUCUUGGGAGAAAUGCUUACUCCUUUCCCACUUUCUCAUGAAGCCCAGUGUUGCCUUCAAGUUCUCCCCGGAGCUGCGGGGUGUGGGGAUCACUGAAAGCUCCUGCCUCAGUACCCCCUGGGGCCCGUGCCCAGCAGCAUCUAGUUAACCUUCCUAAGAGUGUUUCUUAGUGGGAUAGCCUCCUGAGCAUAAACGUAAAAUCCAAGCCUGGCAAGUCCUGGAGGGUGUCCUCGGGUCGUGUUGCUUGGCUUUGCUUUUGGAGAGGUGAGGGCCUGGGGGACGUGGCUGGUGGGAUUCCACCCUGCCCGCCCUGCAGACCUUCCUCCACGCCCGGGCAAGUCUGUGCCAAGAUGAUUUCUUUCCAGUUCCUCCAGAUAAUCUCUGUGAGUGGCAGGAGUAGUUACGCUCUGUGUUUACUGUGCCCCCCGUGUCCCCAACGCAUCAGGGUGGAGUUUCUAAAAUCAGGACUUUAUAUUUUUUAAAAAUGCACACUUCGGCUGAAGCCAUGGGUCAUUUUGGAUCCCCACCCCAACCCCGCUGUCCGCACCUGGGAUUCAGCUCAAGGAUUCGAUGUCUUGCUUUCCUAGACUGCAUUUUGCAGGAGCUCCCCAGGAAGUCAGACUCCAUCAGUCUGUGUUUCACUGGGGGCCUCUCCCUGGCCCUUGGGUUUGGGAGCACUGCCCACGUGGGGAACUGCGGGGCCUGUCACCACCACAGCCCCACCCCUCGUGUGGAUGUCACUGCAGCGUCUCUUUCUUUGAUACACAUUUUCAAAAAUGAUAAAUUCUUACUGACAGCUUGUAACUUGGUCAUAUUUUAUACUAAUAUCCUUUAA